AUGGCGACCAUCAAGGCCAUCGAGGCCCGCUCGGUCCACCAAAUCCAAUCCGGUCAGGUCAUCGUCGACCUCUGCUCUGUUGCUAAGGAGCUGGUCGAAAACAGUCUCGAUGCUGGUGCCACAUCGAUCGAGGUCCGUUUCAAGAAUAAUGGACUGGACCUGAUUGAGGUGCAAGACAACGGUAGUGGAAUAUCUCCGGAGAACUAUGAGAAUGUCGCACUCAAACAUUACACAUCGAAGUUAUCUUCCUACGAGGACCUAUCACGGCUACAGACGUUCGGUUUCCGCGGCGAAGCACUGUCGUCUCUAUGCGCCCUGUCCGAGUUCCAUGUUGUCACCGCCCAAGCCAACCAGGCUCCCAAAGCCAACCGUCUUGAUUUUGAGCAUUCUGGGAAAUUGAAGAAGACACAAAUUGUCGCGGGCCAGAAGGGCACAACGGUAUCGGUGGAGGGACUGUUCAAGAGACUACCCGUGCGGCGCCGUGAGCUAGAAAAGAACAUCAAACGUGAAUAUGGAAAGGUUUUAAACCUUCUUCAUGCGUACGCAUGUGUCAGCAAAGGCGUACGUUUCAACGUCAAGAACACUGUCGCAAAAACCCGCAACGUCGUGGUCUUCUCCACGAACGGUAACCAGACAACAAAAGAGAACAUUGCCAACGUUUACGGCGCGAAGACUCUCCUGGCUUUGAUUCCACUCGAUCUAACCCUGGAAUUUGAACCAUCUGCGGCUGGAAAGCGAGCCGCUGUGGAUGAAGAGCGGGAGUCGAAUAAGAUCUUCGUUCGGGGACAUAUCUCAAGGCCCGUUUCCGGGGAAGGCAGGCAAACACCUGAUCGUCAAAUGUUCUUUGUCAACUCUCGUCCUUGUGGGUUACCGCAAAUAGCCAAAGCGUUCAACGAGGUCUAUAAAUCUUUCAACGUGUCACAGUCACCGUUUGUGUUUGCGGACUUCCAUAUGGAUACUAACGCGUACGAUGUCAAUGUUUCACCCGAUAAGCGCACAAUUUUACUGCACGAUGCAGGAGCUUUGAUCGAGUCUCUGAAAACAUCUCUUACGCAGUUGUUUGAAUCGUCGGAUCAGACCGUUCCCCAAUCUCAGGUCAACAAUGCUAGGCAGUCAACUACUAAACUGCAGUCCGGAAAAUUGCAAGACAUUCUAACUCUUAAAUCUUCGUCUGGAGGCGCAGAGGCUGCGGAAGAUGAGGGGCCAGAGGUGGAUGAAAGCCAAGUCAAUGGCAGAAACAGGCUCAACCCCCAACAUAGGAUGAGGAGCUUUUUGAGCGAUCUCGGGUCGUCACCUGGGGCUCGGAAGAGACGUAUACACACUCCAUCUCGUCCUAGUAUAUUUGGGAAGCACAUGAGGGGCUUUGCAGCACCUGGGGCUCAGGUAGAGCACAGCGCGAGCAGUGAGGCCGAGGAGGAAGAGGAUGAAUGUGAAGAGGAAGUAGAAGAAGAAGAAGCUGAGGACGUGGAGGAUGAAGAGGAGGAGAUCGAAGAUGAAGAGCCUGGGGGUGGUUCUCGAUCUCAUGUUCUUUCAGACCAAGAUAGUGUUCAAUCACACGAUGAAGCUCUACCUGAGGCUGAGGUCAAGGAUGAACCCGCAAUGUCUCAGCAAGAUACUGCUCCUGUGGAAAAGACCUUAAGCGACGAAGAGAAGAAGAAACACGAAGAAGCUGAAGUUCAGCGGCUGAUUCGACAGGCAGAAGAAAAAGCUGCCUUGCCACAAGAAAGCAAUAUCAACCGUGCGAACAAGCUGAAUAAGGGCGCUGCUCAUCGCGAUUCCACAGUCAACCUAGUGAGCACUAUCGAUGGGUCACUUUCUAGGAUCCAGCUUCAGAUGGACAAGCUUCAGGAAAGGCUUCGCUUGCACGGCUCGAAUGCUGUACAUUCUCAGGACAAUGAGGCUGAAAAUUCGCUGGAGACUGCUGAGGAGCGGUUGUCGCUAACUGUUUCCAAGGACGAUUUUGGCAAGAUGCGGAUUGCUGGGCAGUUCAACUUAGGAUUCAUCCUAGCCACCCGGUCGUCAACAGGUGUCUCUGACUCAGCACCACCCAGUUCGAAGGAUGAACUUUUUAUCAUUGACCAGCACGCUUCUGACGAGAAGUUCAACUUCGAGCGACUUCAGGCGGAAACCGUGGUGCAGAAUCAACGCCUUGUGCAACCGAAGCAGCUGGAUCUGACGGCGGUUGAAGAGGAAAUUGUGAUAGAGAAUCAAUCUGCGCUGGAGAAGAAUGGCUUCGUCGUGGAAGUUGAUGACAGCGGCAAUGAACCGAUUGGCCGCAGGUGCAAGCUGGUCUCGCUACCAUUGAGCAAAGAAGUCGUCUUCGGCGUGCGAGAUCUGGAGGAGCUCAUCGUCCUGCUUUCUGAGAUGCCAGCUAGCAGCACAGCGGGGCCCAUGUAUGUUCCGCGACCAAGUAAGGUGCGGAAAAUGUUCGCUAUGCGGGCAUGUCGGUCCAGCAUUAUGAUCGGAAAGAACCUGUCCCAAAAGCAAAUGACCCGAGUGGUGCGAAACAUGGGCACAAUUGACAAACCAUGGAACUGCCCACAUGGGCGACCGACCAUGCGACAUCUGAUGAGCCUGGGACAAUGGAACGAGAAUGUAUAG